CCAAGGAAACGCUGCGCUCAUUUCGUUUAGACGCCUUUGUAGGUUUCAGUAAACCGGACCUGUAUCAGAAGGACGUUUAAAGAUCGUGGCCCAGAGAGGAGUGACUGCACAUACCACCCACCUUUGGAACAGAUAUGCAAUAUUUAAGAAACAAACGUUGAUCAAUGGUGACCCCGCUGUGACCCCGGAAGUGCAGACUUCUUGACUCUUGCAGGUCUCGGGUGGUAAUUUGGCUGGAGUGGGCAACACGGUGCGGCUGCCAUCCCGUAUUUUCAUUCUCACUUGGCUCGAUUUAUUCCGGAAUCAAGAUGGGAACCCGAGACGACGAAUAUGACUAUUUGUUCAAAGUGGUGCUGAUCGGCGACUCCGGCGUGGGCAAGAGCAACCUGCUGUCCCGCUUCACCCGCAACGAGUUCAGCCUGGAGAGCAAGAGCACCAUCGGCGUGGAGUUCGCCACCCGCAGCAUCCAGGUGGACGGCAAGACGGUCAAGGCGCAGAUCUGGGACACGGCCGGGCAGGAGCGCUACCGGGCCAUCACCUCCGCGUACUACCGGGGGGCCGUGGGCGCCCUGCUGGUGUACGACAUCGCCAAGCACCUGACGUACGAGAACGUGGAGCGCUGGCUGAAGGAGCUGCGGGACCACGCCGACAGCAACAUCGUCAUCAUGCUGGUGGGCAACAAGAGCGACCUGCGCCACCUGAGGGCCGUGCCCACAGAUGAGGCCCGGGCCUUCGCAGAGAAGAACGGGCUGUCCUUCAUCGAGACCUCGGCCCUGGACUCCACCAACGUAGAGACGGCUUUCCAGACCAUCCUGACAGAAAUCUAUCGCAUCGUGUCUCAGAAACAGAUGACGGACCGGCGGGAGAACGACAUGUCUCCUAGCAACAACGUGGUGUCCAUCCAUGUGCCGCCCACCACUGAAAACAAACCAAAGACGCAGUGCUGUCAGAGCAUCUAGCAGCUCCCUGCCCCGCGCAGCUGCCUCCUGCGUACAGGUCCCCUCCUGUAUAAAAGCCUACUGUGGUCCUGGGUCUAGCCGGCAGAAGCUCUGGGCCAGAGCCGUGUGAGCAGGGGUCAUCAGAGAGAAGCAAGCUGUGUCACCAUGGUAGACUUUUAUAUAGGCAAGCCCGCAGUAUCAACGAUCCAACUCUCAGAUCGUCAUGGAAAAGUCUUAAUGUCUCAUUUUGGGGUUUCUGUUUGUUCGGCCUGUGAUUUUUAUUUUUAUAUUUUACUGUGCAUCACGUGUUUUCCACAUGCUGUAUUUGUUUACGGGAUGCUCUCCAGACCCCCUGGCUUUCGGAGCCUGUGAAACCUGCGCGCUGCCCGGGUUCGGAGAAGAGAGGAACACGGUGUGAUCGUUUCCUCGCUGCUGGCUAACGUGUGGCAUGCAAGGACAGAGGCAGACUGGCCUUGUAACCCGCUGUGGCAAGACCACGCAUUCUCUUGCAUUAUAGCAUCAAAGGUUUGGUUCCCUUUUGUUUGUCCGCAGCAGAAUACUCCCGGCUGUGCACGGGGUGCCCCUGUGUGCGCCGUGAAUCGGACUGUUCCCACCUUGUGAGUGCAGCAGCUAUCAAAGACAGGCUGAACGUUAGCCCAGCAGUACAGUCCAUGCUUGUGUGCUUUAUCUGCGAGCUCUGUCGGUCACAGAGGACAUUGCCUAUGCACAUGAAUACUGUAUCAAGGGUUUGGUCUGGGUCCAAGAGUAUAUAGUCAUAUCACAUUACUUGCAGCUGAGAGAAGCCAAACUGCUGAGCUUGAACUAGGUAAGCCUUGUGAAUAAACCUGUAGAUCUUUCAUGUACAGUAUGGAAUAAUGUUUCAUGAGAACAGUGCAUUUAUUUGAUGUUAACAUCUUGUUCUGGCAGUAUGGUCGUCCUGUGAAUAAAUCUAACAUUUGUGGGUAUUUAUUUGUUCAUUGGGUGUGAGGGAGUCCCAGUGAGGAGAAACCAGUUGUAGUUGUACUCCAUUGUGCCAGGAGAUGAGCGACCAGUGUUGGGGGCUGGUGUUGUGGUUGCCUUGUGGUGGUCGCUCAGUCCUGUUUCUUGGCGUAGUUCCUCUGGGCCCUCAUAGCCCUCAUAGGACAGUUGUAAUAUUGGAUCUGAAAUGCUCUGAACAAGCUCCAGUACUGUAUGCCAGGGCCUGUGUGGAGUUCAGGUGAUCUGCGUCUUGCUGUGGUCCCCUGCCCUCUCUUCUGUGUAGUGACCCACAGACUCUCAGAUGGUCAGAUAGGUUUGACCUUCUGACAUGCUGCCCCGUCCUUAAAACCGAACCCUUUCUAUGACACUGUUGUAUGACAGGCAGGAGCAUGGGGGGAAUUUCAUGUACAAAGGUAACUUUGCCAGUCGGAGUCAAUUUAAAGUUGUUCUCUGGUGGCAGGUGCACCAGCCGAAGGGCCUGUGUUAAAAGUGAAUUAGUCACAGGUGACUGUUUCACUCUGUAAUGACCUGAGUCUGUUCACAGCAGCGUGAUUCCUGCCAUGUGUUCUGUCCUGAGAAACAGCGCGAGUUUCAGAAUGAUGCUUCUUUAUGACAUGAGUGCUGUUUUUACAGUAUCUGUUUAGGUCUCGACCUUUUGGGGUUCCGAUAAAUUAGAAACAUCCGGGAGUUUCAUACAAGGGUUACCAAGCAAGUACCUGCAACACUAUCACAGAGCAAAAAUUCAAUUGUAUGAAACGUGAUUUCCCUUAAAUUAUAUGUCUACAAGGACUAGUAUGAAUAUAUUCGUUUUAGUAAAUACUUUAAUUGUUAGGAUCCCUAAAUGGUUUAAUCAGUUUUCUAGAAGUUUGCAUCCUAAAGAGGGCCAUUUAAAAGAUUUCUAACUGUAAACAUGCCUGUCGUUGUGGAAACUGUAGUCACUUUUUUUUCCUUUCUGGGAGAAUUAAACUGUAUCAUAGAAUGUG